AUGGCCGAUCCUGGGAACAGAGGAGGGAUCCACUGCCCCUUGAGCUUCACCUGCUCCCUGCUCAUUAUGGGAAUGUGCUGUGUGUCUCCUUUCUUCUGUCAUAGCCAGACAGACCUGCUGACCCUUAACAGGGCUGAUCCUCAGUGCUGGGAAUCCUCCUCAGUGCUCCUCCUAGAAAUGUGGAAGCCUCGCAUUUCCAACACUGUUUCAGGCUUCUGGGAUUUUAUGAUCUACCUGAAGUCAUCUGAGAACUUGAAGCAUGGUGCACUGUUUUGGGAUCUGGCCCAACUCUUCUGGGACAUCUAUGUGGACUGUGUCCUCUCCAGGAACCAUGGCUUAGGAAGGAGGCAAUUGGCAGGAGAGGAAGAGAAAAUUUCAGCAGCACAGCAACUACACACAAGGAGUAAAAAAGGUGCAUAUUCUCAGCUUCUAAGAACCCCUUUUCCAAAGAAGAAAGAGCUGAUUGAAGAUUUGAUAAAUAUGCAUGUACACAGGAGUGGGUCUAGGUUCAUUGGAAGAGUGAAUCUGGAAAUAAAGAGAAAAUAAAUCUAACCUCAGAACUAACUCACACCUUGGAAUUUAAGAAAAUGUAUAUAUAAAUAUUUUUUCUUAACUAUUGAUCAUUUAUUUAUUUUAAAUGGUGGGAAUGUCCAGAGAUAAGUAUUAAGCCAAAUCUCUCAGAGUACUUAUUUAAAGCAUCAUUAUUUUAGGCUGCUAGCAUGUUCCUUCAAAUGGUGACAUUAUUGCCAGACCAUCCCACUGUCUAAAGGAGUUAAGUAACUUCCAAAGAUGACUUGGGAUUGGGAGACUCAGAUACUUUGUAUUCAUUUGAUAAUUUGUUGUGGGAUGCUUGACACUGUUAAUGAACUAGGGUGCCAUACAUUUAACUUGAAUACGCUGCAUGACUUCCAAGCCAUUAACCACCGGACUGCUUAUGCACAGGCAUAUAAGCAACUAUAUUUAUCAAUUACCAGUUACCAAUGGUCCACGAUACCUGCAUCUUGUUUGAGAGAAUAUUUUUGAAUACUGGAUGAAGCAAAAAAAUAAAACAAAACAAAAAAACUGGCAAAUAAAGCAUUCUUCUAUUGGAAAUUAAUUAGCAAUUAAUUUAAUUAAUAAAACUAAUAAAAGUUCUGGACCCUAA